AUGCCAGCACUCUCCUCCGCCCACAAGUCGACUCUCAGUCUAGUUGUUGCUCCCACCCAGAAUACUGCUCCCGUACAUGAAUACCGAUGUCUGUACACUCGCGAUCUACACAAGAAGGCCAAAAAAUGGCACGAUGGCUCUCUCCGCUUCCAUACCUUCAACCACCGCGUCAUGGUCUACGAUGACUCCAAGAACUACAUUGGCGACCUUCAUUACCGAGAAGAGGAGGCUUUUGGAGAAGGUGUAGAGAUUCAACUCGACCGGGGAGUCAUAGUCGAAGUAGGCGAGCUAUCGGGCCAAACGGAGACUGAUCUAGCCCCUAUUCUUAACAGACAACAGCCAGACAAGCCUACACAGCACUCAAAGCAGCGGCUGACACAAGCACCUCGACACCCAAAAUCUUUGCUUGAAGUCCUCGGCCCUUCACAAUCCCACCUUGGUCGUUCAAGGUUACCUUUGCAGUCUCCUUACGAGCAUCGCCAGUCCUUGACUGCCCUCGAACCUGUUGGAAAUCCCUCCAAACGACCAAGACUAUCCCCUGAUAAAGAGAAUCGUCCCCAAAAUGUUCCUCAUGUUAGCACAGUCAACAAGUCCCUUGAAACCCCCCACUUGGCUCCGCCCGAAUUGGCAGCUAUGAAAAAGCCGCCAAAGCCUGCCGUACGACCUCCAGUUCCUUCUUCAAUGUCAUUUGAGGAGGUUGUGGACAUCACAUCCGGUGAAGAAGUUCGAUGCGGGCCUCGGAAGUCUACUGCUUCCAGCACUAGGCGUGGAGCUAGCAAUCGCGUGCCAAAACCAAUCUCUCCAGAGGACAGGAAAAUGAAGACUAAACAAAAUUCCAAGGGUUCCCGGGAGGAAAUUGUAUCAAGGCCUGCGAGGUCGCAACACCAGGAAAGACGUAUUGAGAGAAGUCGAAAACUUCCGCAAUCUGAAUCCCCUGUGUCUUUAUUGUCGCGACCAACAGAACCACCUUCCGCACGACUACUUCUCAGCCAGCCCCGACCUAGAAAGAAGCUGGUCUAUGUAAUAUCCCGGCGACCUGGCUCCCGAUUGACGGAUGGCACGUCGGCAGUAUCUCCCAGGGGGCCUAGAUCUUGCAAUGGGAGUUCUCACUCGCCCAUUCGUAUCGACGCAAGCUCGCCAGACGUCCACUGCUCUACCGCCAGUACACCCUCAGCACACCAUGUCAGUCUUGCUUCACAGAAUCCUUGUGUUGGAGAGAGAGCUAUUCAAUCUCAACUAGCUGUCGAUACCUGCUUUGCAGCUCUGAGCCCUCUAUUUAUCCCCGAGGAAGAACCGGGUACACGAUCACCUUCACCUUCGCUCUUGAAAACACCGGAUACGCCCUUAUUACCCGAUCUUGUUGAGACCCAAAACUUUGCGCUAGCCAGGGAUAGUCCAACUAGGGCGUCGAUCAAUCGGACCACUGAAAGUGAUAGAAGCGAGAGGAAUGAUUAUAUUGUUGCUGGGUUUGAGAUACCACAAUCUCAGCCCGAGCAAGAUAGAACUAAUGCUCCUCUCCCACAGCUUGAGCCUGUAUGUUUGCAAGAUUCCCAUUCACCCAAACGAGCUCUUCGCAGGGUACUGUCCGAGGAUAACGCAUUCCAAGGGGGAACCUUGAGUCAAGAUUUAGACGAGGGCGUUAUUAUGAGGAGUCCGUUGGAGGUCCUCGAGAAUUUGGCCAGCAGGCGAAGCCCAUCGAAGCAAAAAUGGCCCAGCAAGCUCAAUCGCUGUGCGUCUGAUACUGCAGCGUUGGAGACGAAUGCGGCUGGUUUGAUAAACCAGCGGUCGGAUGCCCGUCCGGCCGGCACGACUGGUCCCUGGACUUCGGACGAAGCUUUUCUUCUGUUCGACUGGUGGCCAUCUGAGCUAGAAAAGCCUGAUCUCUGGGAGGCUGGGCUAGAAGUGUCUGAGCCGGUGAAGAGUCCUCCUAUAAUACCAGAAUUAUUCACUCGUAUCACCACGGCACGCCAAUUCUUCCUCAACGAUGUUAGAUGA